CAUUUUCACAGAUCUCUCGCCAUCUCAGAAAACCCUGCUCACUCUUCUUUAAACAAAAAAACCCCACUUGCAAAGAGAACGAACUCAAACGAUGGCUACACCGAUGGACGAAGGAGACGACUCGCUGUACCCGAUUGCGGUGCUGAUUGACGAGCUGAAGAACGACGACGUGCAGCUGCGUCUCAACUCCAUCCGCCGCCUGUCGACGAUCGGCCUUGCGCUUGGCGAGGAGCGAACGCGCGUCGAGCUCGUCCCUUUCCUCAACGACUCGAUCGACGACGAGGAUGAAGUCCUGCAGGCUCUGGCUGAAGAGCUUGGCAACUUUGUCCCGCUGGUCGGCGGCCCCGAGCACGCUCACACACUCCUGGCACCCCUCGAGAGCCUCGCUGGCGUCGAAGAGACUGCCGUGCGCGAGAAGGCCGUUCUCUCGCUCCGCAAGAUCGCCGAGAGCCUCGACGUUGCACAGCUGGACACGCACCUGGUGCCGCUCGUCCACCGCCUUGCCACGGGCGAUUGGUUUACAUCGCGCAUCUCUGCCUGCGGCCUUUUCGCCGCUGCGUACAGGCUCAACAACGAUGCCAAGAAGGCCGAGCUUCGUCAGAGCUUUGCGCAGCUGUGCAUUGACGAGACCCCGAUGGUUCGUCGCGCCGCUGCCGCCAAGUUUGGCGAGUUUGCCGGUGUCAUCGAGCCCGCCUUUGUCAAGACCGAGCUCAUGACUGCCUUCACUGCCCUUGCCCAAGACGAGCAGGACUCGGUUCGCCUUCUCGCUGUCGAGGGCGGCGUCGCCAUCGCUCGCUUGCUCACUCCUGCAGAGAAUGAGACCUUGAUCAUGCCAUCGGUUCGCGCCGCAGCCGUCGACAAGUCAUGGCGUGUGCGCUACAUGCUCGCUGACAAGCUCAUCGAUCUGCAGCGCGCCGUCGGCACUGAAAUCACCAAGGCCGACCUGCUCAACUUCUUUGUGGCUCUGCUCAAGGACAACGAGGCCGAGGUCCGCACCAUUGCCUCCCAAAAGAUCCCCGAUUUUGCCAACAACCUCGACGAGGACGUCCGCCUCAACGCUGUGCUCACCCUCAUGAUGCCGUGCGUCAAGGAGCUGUCCAACGACAACUCGCAGCACGUUCGCUCUGCUCUUGCCUCGGUGGUCAUGCUUCUCGCUCCCAUUCUCGGCCGAGACCACACCGUCGAGCACCUGCUCCCCGUCUUCCUGCAGCUCCUCAAGGACGAGUUCCCCGAAGUUCGCCUCAACAUCAUUUCCAAGCUCGACUGCGUCAACCGCGUCAUUGGCAUUGACAUGCUGUCCCAGUCCCUCCUCCCUGCGAUUGUGGAUCUUGCAGAGGACCGACAGUGGCGUGUGCGUCUCGCCAUCAUCGAGUACAUUCCUCUCCUCGCUUCCCAGCUUGGCGUCGAGUUCUUUGAUGAAAAGCUCAGCAACCUGUGCAUGACAUGGCUUGGUGACUGCGUUUUCAGCAUCCGCGAGGCUGCCACCCUCAACAUCAAGAAGCUUGUCGAUACCUUCGGCCUCGACUGGGCCCGAUCCAGCAUCAUUCCCAAGGUUUUGUCCAUGUACCGACACCCUAACUACCUUUACCGCAUGACCACUCUGUUUGCAGUGAAUCUCCUCAUCGACGUUGUCGACGUCGACUCCCUCACCCACAUGAUUCUGCCUGUUGUUUUGCCGAUGGCCAAGGACACCGUCCCCAACGUGCGCUUCAACGUUGCCAAGACCCUUGAGAAGAUUGCCAUGCGCAUCUCCAAGGAUGUUAUCGAGACUCACAUGAAGCCCGUCUUGCAAAGCUUGCAAGAAGAUGGCGAUGGUGAUGUCAAGUACUUUGCCACGCACGCUCUUGAAGCUGCUGGCGUGUAAAACCUCCAGUACCUACCCGUUGAGAAAAUUUGGAUUGCUGUUACAAUCUUUUUCCCCCCUCCUCCUCCUCCUUCUCCUAGUGUGCAUUUCACUGUCUUGUUUUCCUUCGCUGCUGACUGCCCCGUUGUCGUGUCGAGUUUUAAGUGUGUACCUUUGCUGCAUAACUAUGUUUCCAAACGACUAUUGUUGAUGUCGAUCAA